AUGGUUUUAGAAGGUAGAAUUACUAAAGAAGAAUUUAACGACUUGGUUCUCACGCUGAUCGAAAAGUCCCAACAAUUGCACGAUGAAUGGGAAAGGAUCGAACAUGUUUGUGGUGAUAAAGUCGUUUAUUAUUUAUGCAAAAGAAAUUACUAUCGAUUAGUUAACCCAACAAGGGUAUCAUCCAACAAUAAUGCUAUCUUGGAUGAUGAUACCGAUGAUGACGAAGCAAAUGAUAUCUUACAAAAUUGUAGUACAAUUGAACCUGAAGAUAACAACUGCUGCAAUAGUCUUCCACAAGCGCCUAAUAGCCAAAAUCACCAACAAGUUUAUCAUGUUUAUGAAUAUCAUAUCGUUUAUAGUCCGGCUUAUUCCGUGCCAGUGUUAUAUUUUGACCCAAAAACAACCGAUGGAAGAAGAUUAGCUUUAGAAGAAAUUUGGAACACCGUCAAUUUAGAAUAUGCACAAAGUGUUAAGUAUGAUGCUUGGUCUUUCAUAAGUCAACAAGAACACCCUUUGCUGGGUAGAGUUUUUUACUUUAUUCAUCCUUGUCACACGUCAAAUUUCAUGCAAAUCAUCACUGGAAAAGGAUCGAAUGAAAAACUUUAUUUAUGCACAUGGCUAUCUGCAGUCGGCCCUGUUAUCGGUUUACAAUUGUCCCCAUCAUAUUUCCUGUAA